UAAAUUCCAGCAAGUCUAGCCUUCUCUUCCCCAUUCUGGAUUAGGGUUUUGCAGCCGUCCUCAGAGCGUCAGCAAGCAGCGGCCAAUUCUCCAUCUCCGUCGCCAUGGGUCGUAUGCACAGUGGAGGCAAGGGUAUCUCCGCAUCAGCUAAGCCAUACAAGAGGACUCCACCGAGCUGGUUGAAGAUUUCAUCUCAGGAUGUUGAGGACAACAUAUGCAAGUUUGCCAAGAAGGGUCUUACGCCAUCACAAAUUGGUGUUAUUCUUCGUGAUUCUCAUGGUAUUGCUCAGGUGAACAGUGUAACAGGAAGCAAGAUUCUGCGCAUUCUGAAGGGACAUGGCCUUGCUCCUGAAAUCCCUGAGGAUUUGUAUCACCUUAUCAAGAAAGCAGUUGCCAUUAGGAAGCAUUUGGAGAGAAACAGGAAGGAUAAAGAUUCCAAAUUCAGGCUCAUUCUUGUGGAGAGCAGGAUUCACAGGCUUGCUCGCUACUAUAAGAAGACCAAGAAGCUGCCACCUGUCUGGAAAUACGAGUCCACCACAGCCAGCACUCUUGUGGCCUAGAGAAGAGAAGUGAAGGUUUAUUUUAUUUUUGUAAAAGUUGGAAGAAUGGAGUUUCUUAUUUCAAGUGGGUGUUUUCUAUUUUGUUAUGUAGCAUGAAUUUCAGUUUAUAUGGCAUUUUUUUCAAUGAUAUUAUAUUUAACUUUCAAGGGUUGUGUCUUGACUCUUGAUGCUUAUACUUGGUUUUAGACUCAUGCUAAGUUUGGCAAUACUAGCUGUGA